CUUAUGUACCUAACCUCAAAUUACACAUGCGUUGCUCGCACAGGCCGCAUUAAUGCUGUUCAUGUGGUAGUUUAUUGUUUAUUUUUCCUUAUUUAAGACUUAUUAGUUGGUGUAUUGAAAUGGGGCGAAAGAAAAUCGAUAAUCGAAUCCGUGUUCUAAUUGAAAAUGGCGUUAAAUUAGGCCACAGAACCCUAUUUGUGGUAGUUGGAGACAAAAGUAAAGAUCAGGUGGUAAUUUUACAUCACAUGUUAACUAAAGCUGAAGUUAAGGCUAGGCCUUCAGUGUUGUGGUGUUAUAAAAAGGAACUUGGAUUUAGCAGCAAUCAAAAGAAGCGAAUGAAACAUUUACAGCAUAAAAUUAAGUCUGGGAAAUUGAGCAUCGACGAGGAUGAUCCGUUUGACCUUUUCCUAUCAUCCACCAAAAUUCGGUAUUGCUAUUAUUCAGAAACUCACAAAAUAUUGGGAAAUACAUAUGGAAUGUGUGUUUUACAAGAUUUUGAAGCGUUGACGCCGAAUUUAUUAGCCAGAACUAUUGAAACAGUUGAGGGAGGUGGCUUAGUCGUUCUACUCCUAAGGACUGUUGAGUCUUUGAAGCAACUUUACACCUUAAAUAUGGAUGUUCAUCAACGAUUCCGGACCGAAGCUCACCAAGAUCUAGUGCCUAGAUUUAAUGAAAGGUUUCUGCUAUCGUUAGCUACUUGUAAAAGAUGUUUGGUUGUUGAUGAUCAGUUGAGAGUUUUACCACUUUCCUCCCACACGCUACAUGUUACGCCAGUCGAAGUCUCUAGGGAAUUAACGGAGAACCAAAUUGAACUGAAUGACGUAAAAGAAAAGCUUAGAGAUACACCCCCAGUGGGCAAUCUGAUAAACUGUUGUAAAACGUUGGACCAGAGCAAGGCUGUGUUGAAAUUCAUUGAGGCGAUUUCAGAGAAAACGUUGAGAUCUACAGUUUCGCUAACGGCAUCGAGAGGACGGGGCAAAUCUGCCGCUUUAGGUUUAGCUGUGGCUGGCGCCGUGGCCUUUGGCUAUUCGAAUAUAUUUGUAACAAGCCCGAGUCCGGAAAAUUUAAAUACAUUUUUCGAAUUCGUAUUUAAGGGAUUCGAUGCUUUGGAAUAUCAAGAACAUAUUGAUUAUGGCCUGGUGCAAAGCACCAAUCCGGAAUUCAACAAAGCUAUUGUGAGAGUCAAUAUUUCUAGGGAUCAUAUGCAGGCUAUUCAGUACAUUCACCCAACAGAUGCCAGCAAGCUUUCACAUGCCCAACUGCUGGUUAUAGACGAAGCAGCAGCUAUUCCAAUGCCUUUGGUCAAAGCUAUGCUUGGUCCAUAUUUAGUUUUCUUAGCUUCUACCAUUAAUGGUUACGAGGGCACUGGGCGAUCAUUGUCUUUGAAGCUUUUCCAGCAACUUAGAGUGCAAACAGUGCCUGUUGGUGCCAACACAAACGCUACAAAUACAAAAGAUUCAGCCGCAACCACCGGUCGCACUUUACAGGAAGUCACUCUGAAUGAAUCAAUUCGUUACAAGCCCGGCGAUGAAGUAGAAACGUGGCUGACUAAAUUGCUUUGCCUUGAUUCCACUUCUGUAGCACCGAUACAGUCCGGCUGUCCUGCUCCGGAUAAUUGCGACUUGUACUAUAUCAAUCGAGACACAUUGUUCUGCUAUCACAAUGCGUCCGAAUUGUUUUUACAACGACUAGUAUCCCUGUAUGUGUCCUCACAUUACAAAAACAGUCCCAACGAUUUACAAAUCAUGUCUGAUGCUCCAGCCCAUCAUCUGUUUUGUCUUCUUGGCCCUGUGGAUCCUAAUAGCAAGUCAUUACCUGAGGUUCUAGUUUUUAUACAGGUAUCCCUUGAAGGUGAAAUUCCCAAAUCCACUGUCCAGGAAGGAUUUUCCAGGGCAAAGCGAGCAGCCGGCGACUUAAUUCCCUGGACUGUCGGCCAACAAUUCCAAGACUCCGAUUUUCCAAAGUUGUCCGGAGCUAGAAUAAUUCGCAUAGCCACACAUCCAGACUAUCAGGGAAUGGGAUAUGGAUCCAGAGCUCUGGACUUGCUGAAGCAGUACUAUGAAUUGAAGAUUCCCAAUUUGGAAGAGUACAAAGUAGAUCAAGAAGAAAUCGCGACAGUUGAUGAGGAAACCGUAGGUUUGUUGGAAGAAACCAUAGAACCAAGAAAAGCUCUACCGCCGCUUUUGCUUAAACUAAGUGAAAGGCGUCCUGAAAGACUUGACUAUAUUGGAGUCUCUUUCGGAUUAACAGAGCAACUGCUCAAAUUCUGGAAGCGUGCCAGUUUCGUACCUGUUUAUGUGCGACAAACGACUAACGAUAUAACCGGUGAACAUUCCUGCAUAAUGUUGCAUGUUCUGAAUGCAGAAGAACAGCCCGGAAACCUUAAGUGGCUCAACGCAUACUGGUCGGACUUCCGCAAAAGGUUCCUAAGCCUCUUGAUGUAUGAGUUUAGUAAGUUUACGUCGGGAUUGGCUCUGGGCGUGCUCACAAAUAAGACCACAAAGUUGCAACCACUUGAUUUGAGCAGAGGGGAAUUAGGCAUCCACGUAUCGAACUACGACAUUAAACGGCUGGAAAUGUACAGUAAAAAUUUAGUGGAUUACCACUUGAUCAUGGAUCUGUUACCUACUCUAGCGCGAUUAUACUUCCUGAAUAAAAUGGUAGAUUUGCAAUUAUCUGCGGUUCAAUCCGCUAUCUUGCUAGGACUGGGAGCUCAACAUAAAACUGUAGAUCAGUUAGCAGCCGAAAUGAACUUGCCGUCGUCGCAAAUUCUGGGAUUGUUCAACCGAUUAAUGAGGAGAAUUGAGCAAUAUCUCAACUCUAUUAUUGAAAGUGACGUGGAGAAGACCUUGCUACCACAGAAAGACGUAAAUCUAACUCCACUGGCAAAGAGCAUGCAUGACGAAUUGGAGGAAGCGGCUAAGCAGCUUCAGAAAAAGCAGAAAAAAGAGCUAGAAAAACUGAAAAACGAAAAUUUGGAACAAUUUGUCAUCAAAGGCUCAGAGGAGGAAUGGAGUAAAGCUUUAACAGGAAAAAACAAGAAGAGCAUCAUCUCCGUCAAAAGCGAUGAUGAAAACAGCUUAAAUGAAUGUGCAUCAUCUCUAGAAGAACUAGUUCUGAGAGAAACACAGUAAACUUUUCUAAUUUCGAAUAUUUUAUUUUACCUCCAGUGGCGAAAAGAGAAUUCAUGGCGACAGCAAUACAGAUAUUGUGGGCUUAGAAGCGAAUACUCCAAAGAAGAAAAAAAUUAAGAACAAAAAGAAGAGUUUGUAGAGUAAGUACGACGCAACAUAUUCAUUACGUGAACUCCGUUACUUGACAUGUAAAUCAUUUUUAAUAUAUAAAUAAAUAAUAAUAAAACACUU